GUAAUUGGGUGCAUUGAUGGCACUCACAUUCCUAUUAAAGCUCCAUCAAUAAAUGAGGGAGACUAUGUUAAUAGGAAAUCUGUUCAUAGUAUCAAUGUGCAGGUAAUAUGUGAGGCAACCCAAAUAAUUACCAAUGUCGAGGCAAAAUGGCCAGGAUUUGUGCAUGAUGCCAAAAUUUUCCGCGAGUCAUCAUUAUGCCAGGCAUUUCAGCAGGGACAGUACAAUGGUUACUUGCUGGUGGACAGAGGAUACCCUUGUCUGCCCUGUUUAAUGACACCCUACCCUGAACCUGAGCCUGGACCACAGACACGCUUUAACCUGGCUCACAGCCGAACACGGGCCAAGGUGGAGAUGACUAUAGGGAUCCUCAAAUCUCGGUUUCAGUGUCUGCGUGGGCUCCGGGUUAGUCCAGAGAGGGCAUGUGACAUUAUAGUGGCUUGUGUUGUGCUUCACAAUAUUGCCACUAUAAGAGGAGAGAGCCACCCUCCUUGUAUUGAGGAAGAUGGCCCAGAGGAACACCUACAGACUCUACAGGCCAACAGAGACGGGAGACUUUUGAGAGACAGGAUCUACCAGAUAUAA